CCGGCCAGCGAACCGCCAAGCCGAUAGUCGUUUUAAGCAGGCACCCGGGGACCCGUUUGUUGUCUUUAGGAACUUAACAGCCCAGCCGCGGUGAAAACUCUUGUUUUUGGCUAGAAAAGGAGGAGGAAGGACCGAGGAGCGGAGGACGGCAGGCUAACGGAGGGUGGGUGGGCGCUUUGGGGCUAAUUAGCUUCACGUUUUGCUAGCGGUGAUUUUUUUUUUUUUAAUGAGAAGGGGAGAAACGGGUCAAAGUAGGCCGAACUGACUCGAAACACCGGCCGUCGAAGCUCCGGUUUUUUUCCGUUUCACUGAACAUUCGAGCCCGGUUAGCUUAGCCGCAGCCAGCCUCGUAGCCUAGUUAGCCGGCUAGCUGUUAGCUACUAGCGCAAAAUGGCCUCAUUGUCGCUCGGUAGCUCUGAUGCCGAAAAGACAAAGCAUGCGGCAGGCACGGCCAGGAGCCCCGGGACGCUCUUUAAACCGGCUCCCGCGGCCCCGGCACGGCGCUGUCGUAAACCACAUUGACUGUAUUAGUGUUAACCAAGGGUAAAGGAAGCUACCGCCGCCCUUUUAAACAUUUUAACUUUAUUAUUCAUUUAGCACGGCGAGCUGAGAAAGUGUUGGGUUUUUACGGUGGGGGAUGGGUCAUGCUAGGAGCCAUUGACGUAAAGCGAGGCUGCAUUUUGUUUGGUUUCUGGCUCCUAGCAUAGAAACAAGACAAAUGCUCCGUUUAGCUGUAAUGUUGUGCUUAAAAUCCUAUCAAAUUAUGGCAUUGUUCAAUAUAAACACCGUACUUUCAGCACUACAAGCAGCAGUGUUAGUUUCAACGAGGUGGAAAAACAAAAUUGCUCUUGAUUACUCAUUUCCUGAUCUGCCUGACAGAAGUUUGAGCACCUCAUAUGUCAGCAUUGGCUUGUUAAAUCUCUUAACUGUGUUGAUUAUUUAUAAUAAAUGUUGUACUAUUAUAUAUUCAGUAAAGAGCUCUAUUGAUAAUAAAACCAUUGGGUGCAUCUCAUUCACUAUAAUUAAGCAUCUGAAGCAAACAAAAUAUAUUUGUCAAAGUUAGCUCUACUGUCAUGGAUUUGUUUUUUUAAAGAUCCCCUCAGUCAUGUUACAAGGAAUACUGUAAAUACUCUGCUGUUAAUAAUGUAAUAAUUAUGUGUUAUAUGUUUGAUGAUGUGUUUCCUCCCAUAAAGUCACUUGACCUCAAUAACAGUGGUUGAAAAUGAUAUCCCUUCCCUUAUAGUUUGUUUGUUGUAAUUUCUUAUCAAAACAAAGGGACUUUUCCAUCAACAUGCACAUGAUCAUUUCAAAAGUUUAGAUUUUUUUCUGUUCUCCUUAAAGUCAACUUUCAUUCUUUGUGGCGCGAUUGCUUCAGGGUUUCACAUCACACUAGUGUAAGUUAUCCACCAGGUCUCAAUCAGCUUCUAUAUAUCUGCGCUGUCAAAAAUAUUGUUAACAAGUCAUUAGUAAAUGCCCUAAAUUAUAGGUUUAGUUGAGCACAGACAAACAUCUGACCUUUAAACAGACAAAUGUGAACCUAAUGUGACCCUGUCAGCCUCGGCAGAGACAGAAACUAAAAGAUUACAGUGAAGGAACAUGGAAACAUACUGUUUUUUAGCGGAGGGGGCCUUUAAAUGUUUGUAGACUACUGCACCGUAGUCUAUUAAUAUUUAAUGUUCUAAAAUGUUGCAGUUGCUGAAGGGAUGAUUAAAGUAUAAUUGCUUGAUUUUGAGAUAGUUUUGCUGUAAAUGUGUUUGGUUUUGCUACAGUGUGAAAUGUUUUUGUGAGGUAUUUGUAUAAUUGUAUCAGAGUGCUGUUUAUGAAUUUAUUGAACAUAAUGGAGCAUCAUUAGGUUGUGAGGUCUUGGCUGUUACAUGUCUUGAACAGUGUAGCCACUGCAGACAGUAAGGGAACAAAGUGAAGCCUUGUGAAAGAAAAAAAAAUGCUGUAAAACUGAUAUAAUUUGUUGAGAAGUGUUAUCCAAAUGUUGUUACAUAAUGACAUGAGGAUCUGGAAACAGUGAAACACUGUAAUGCUAACAUGUCUUGCAGUAUUUGUUGGAUUUGUUGCAUCAGCUGCGAGAUGUGAGAUGUAACAUUUGUCUGCUACAGCUACCUAAUCAUAGUGAAACACAUGAGCUGUUCAGGUUCAAUUGGUGUCUGAACAAAGAACUUACCUUAAUUAUAUGGUUGCCCUACAUUGAUAUUAUUUAGUUUAUAAUUACAAGUAGAAUCCUUGAGAUUUAACAUGAGAAUGCUGAACUAUAGGGUGUUCAAAACUGACAGUUAUUAAUAUACCUGUACCGUCUAUCAUGUAUUUUUUUUCUUCUCUGUGCAGUGUGCCUCCUGGUUGAAUCUCAUUUUCUAUUUGAAUUUUUCUGCACAUAUGCAUUCUGCUUGUUUUCUCUUUAGGGAGAUAGUGCUCUCUAGUGUCUCUUAUUUAACAGGGACCAGCACAAAUGCACUACACAUGGAGAUAAAUGACAUACAUCCAUGAUUGUUUUCUCACCCUUUGUAUUUUAGAUCCCCGGGCAACUUCAAAAAUGACUUUUUUCCUAUUCUGUCCACUGUCAGGAAAUGUUACUCUAUGCAAACGAGGACUCAAAGACCUUCGGGCUCCCAAGUCACUCAGUGUAUAUUAGGUCCACUUCUUUUUUUUUGGUAUGGAUUCUGAUUUUUGUUAAAUAUGGUGCUAAUCCACUUCACUCGUGAUCAAUGGAGUGAACCCAGUACCUGUAAUUUCACCUUCCUUUCUCUUUCAUGUCUGGUUUUUCUCUGUAAUAAGUAGUACAGGGUCUGUGUCUAAUGAUGGGAGAGCAGUCAAUUUCUAAUGAAUGAAAAUCACUUUUUUUGGUGAUAUAUGUAAUUACAUGUUGAUUCAGUGUAAGACGCUGUGAAUAAUGUGGUGUUUUUGUGAUUCCAGUUCUUGUUUUAAUUUAAAAAUGGUAUGUAAUUUGCUCAGAUUAUGGGGUUUAGUAUUGCUUGGCAUUUCCUACAACGAAAAUGAAAAGAAAACAAGUGUAAGAAUCUGCUUUGUUGGUGUCUGAUGAAUCUGGCAAAUAUGUCUAGUGUAUUUAAUUUUCCUCUGUUUUUUGCGCAAAGUGGGUAGUUUUUAAAACACUGUUGUCAAUUCUUUGCUGUUUUGUUUCUGUUCUGUAAACUGUUCUGUUUUACAGUCCAAAAUGUACCAAUAUUUUCACUGUUCCCUUGUAUUUUUUACCUUUUUGUAAUUUUUUUACAAAAAUGUACCACAAAUAGAAACCUGAAACAAGUGGAAUCAUUCACCCAAAUGCCCUGCCCACAGGUUUUACACAGAGGAGACACAACCGGACACUACACACUAUUUAUCUCUCUAAUGGAAAAUUAAAUGCCACAGGCCUCUGUUCAGAGCUCAGUCUCCUAUUUACUCGCAUCCAGUUUAUUUUGGGAAGUCAGAUGGCCUAUAACGCUGGCAGGACUGUUGUUUUAUUCCACUAAGACAUUUGUGUGUUUUGAAGCGGUGUGUAAUAAGGAAGUUGACUCUACUUUUCUUCCCCUCCCCAGUGAAGAGAAAGUGAAAAUCUUGUUCUACUAGUUUUGAAGCGUGGCGUGCGUAGACCCGGAAACCUGAUACCCCCUGUAAAUGUUAGUGGCUAAUGGUGGUAUACUGUAUCAUGAAUAUUGUAAAUGCUUUUCUUUUUUAUCACUUUUACCCCAUAAAAGCACUUUAUUGAUUGAUUAGGAUAUUUUCUUGAUCACAGGUGGCAGGUGGAAAGAAUAUAAUGAUCAUGUAACUUGAGUGCUGUUUUUGUUUUCUGACAAAGGUCUUUCUAGUCUGUGUGCUAACUUUGAUGCAGCGUCCGCAUUUAGUUGGUAACUAUGCUAUUUUCGGUGGCUCAGUGGUCUGUUAAAAGUGUGGUUGUUCCGCCCAGCAGGAGUCUUGCCUCAGACUGGCCUAAAAUGGGCAGAAAUGGUGCUGAACAAAAGCUGCUUGUCGCUCGUACAAAAGUACUUGAAGCGUUGCAGCCGGGACCAAGCUGCUAUGCUAUUGCCUGUGCCUCUCAACAGGAAAGACAGACAACAUGUUCCCGAAGGGCACCAAACGUAAGUUUUCAGACUCCGGAGAGGAGCCGGUCCCCAGCGGUGACCCGGGCCCCGUGGUUUCAUCUGCUGCAGCGGCUCGGACGCUGUCAUCCUCCUACAGCCUGCAGCGGCAGUCGCUUCUCGACAUGUCGCUCAUUAAGCUGCAGCUCUGCCACAUGCUGGUGGAGCCCAACCUGUGCCGCUCGGUGCUCAUUGCCAACACGGUGCGGCAGAUCCAGGAGGAGAUGACCCAGGACGGCACCUGGCAGAUCAUGACCCAGGCACUGGCGGCUGCGCAGUGUCCCGCAGACCGCCUGGUGGCCACCGAGGUGCUGUGUCGGCAAACGGAUGCGGCGGCGCAGGCCGGGCAGAGCCCCAAACCGUUUUCGGUGGUGGGUUUGGAGGACGGGUACCGCUCAGAGGAGGCGGUGAUGGAGGGAGAUGUGGAGUCCGAGGUCAACAUGUCCACAUUGUCGCCCGUUUCGCCUCAGCUCACCUCUGCAUCUUACCUCGCCGGCCCCUUCGGCAUGGGGCCCUGCUGGGAGGAAGAGGAGGAAGAGUGUGAUGAAGAUGAGGAGGAGGACAGCGAGGAGUGUGUGUCAGAAGGAGAGGACGGAGACCGGGACCACCUGACUGCAGACUCCAGAACAGGAGAGCAGGUUUUUGGGACCUUUGAGAUCAAGCACCCGGCGCCGCCUCCUGAUCCAGCACUGGAGGAACUGUUUUCAGACGUGGACCCAUCCUAUUAUGACCUCGACACGGUGCUGACAGGAAUGCAGAGCGCUCCAAAGAUGGGGCCUUACGACCUGCUGGAGAGCCUCUCCUCUCACGGGCCCACGGCCCUGAGCUCCAGCUCCAGCUGUAGGUCGGAUCUGAACGAACUGGACCACAUCAUGGAAAUCAUAGUGGGAUCCUGAAACUCAGAACAUUCCUCUGGCCUGUACUGAUCCCACAGACUGUUCUCAGACUAUGCACAGUACUCGUGCAUGUUCUGUAUGUGGUAUUGUUACACAUGGAGAUUGUUGGAAGUUUUGGGACAAGGUGGGAAAUUAACAGCAAGCCAAAGUAAAUAUGGGAUCAACUAGUAGAGUAGAAGUUAGUUGGCUCUGACAGACGCUAGCCGUGUUUCCAACAAACAUUUGAAAUAUCGCAAAAUAGAAAAUUUUCCAUUCUGAGUGAUUAAACUCUGUUUGGCUGGUUGUAAUUAACCACGUAUCAGAGGAAUAGCAUCCUGCUGCUGUUUUCAAUCUAAAAUGGCUAUAAUGCCUCUUCAUCUUCAGAUUGGGUAAUAAUUUGGUCGUGUUAUUCGUCCACAUGUACAUGUUGCCUCUACCAGCCAUGUUCUUGUGUUGUUUGUGAAUAUCUGCAAAGAUUUUGGGGAAACAUCUGGUCUGUUGUGCGAGUUACAUAAAACUUAUUUGGAAAAUGUGUUUUCGUUUUUCCCAUUAAGUGCAUUAACUCUUGUUUGACUUGGGGCUGUGUAAAAAUGUGUAUACACAGGACUUAUGAUUGAGUUUAUUCCAAUAUUUAAAAUGUAAUUUUACAGAAAAUGUCGUGAAGAAAAAGGCCAAAAACCACCUCAGAUGAAAUGAGGAGAAAAUAUUGUGGUACUUCAAAAAAAAAAAAAAAAAAAAAAUACACUGAUGGAAACACGGCUACUGUCGGGGCCUGUAUAUUAAUCAUAAAUGUAAUUGGCAGGUAAUGUAGUGUAGCUAAAAUCACUAAAUUUUGGGAUUCAUGUGCCACAAAGGCAUGUAGGUGAAGCAGUUACUUUCCUACUUUGUUGAAAAAAACCCCCCAAAACUCAACAAUAUCUGUCAGAAGGCAAAGAUAAUUACUUAUACCAUGAUGCAUUCUUAUUUACGUACUUUCCAUGUUUACGUCUGUCAUACAUUCUGUCAUGUUAGCUCCUCCCGGUCGCCAUUUUGUCCAUUUCUAUUUAUUGUUACAUGAACUGAGGAACAAUUCAUCACACUACACGCAUCAGAAACCAGAACAAAUUGUAAAUCCAAAUCUAUGAAUCAAUGCAUAUUUUCCUAAAGAUUUGAGCAAUUAUGAAUGGAAUAUAUGUAUAUGUACGUAUAUGUAUAUAGAAAUAUAUUUUUUUGCAUUAUACAGCUGGGGGAUUUUUUGCAAGUAUCAUUUGAUAUUAUUAUUUUUUUUCCCUCUCAAGCGGUUUUUAAGAUUUUAAUGUAGCCAGACUCGAGACAGUGUCUUCCCAUGGUUUGGUAUAAAAACAAGUCGACUGUAACCGGUGUCAGGACUGGCAUCAGCACAUUUUCUAGGCGCUGUUCUUUCAUUUUCUCAAAAGCUUUACGCAGGGCGGGGAGUUCGCCGCCGGCCGCCGAACAAACGCCGGUGAAAAUCGAUCAGUUUCUGGUGAGUUUACAGCGGCCGGCAAGCGAACGUUUCCUGCUUUGCUUUACAUGAAAACAAUAACAGCUUUUCCUCAAGCAUUUGGAGAAACCCCGGGGUGAUAACUGCAUCAAGAAGCCAUAUUUGUUUCUGUCAUUUGUUACGACUACAAAUGAAGAAUUCUGUCUUUUAACCCAUCUAAUUUAUUAUUUUUAUUUAUUGUAUUUAUUAUAUCUAGGUACAGACAUGCCAUAUUGACUUAUCAAAACAACCGUGAGGCCCAAUGAAAUUAUAUUUAUCCAAAUUUAGCCCUCUGUUUUGAAUGCAGUACCUAUUUAUUCCUCACAUUUUUUUUUUAUUAUUAUUAUUAUUAUGAGUAAUAAUAAUUACCGGGUUACUAUUCAAAUCACUAUGCAGCUCCGUCAUACGUGUUUCGAAAUGAUUGUAUACAGCUCAAAUGUCCUUUAAUUCUUUUAUGCAAACAGUUGCCUUUCUCCUAAAGAUGUGGAAAAAUCAAAUGCAUUUUUCAAAAAAAAAAAAAAAAAAAUCGUUCCUUAUUGUGAUGAAGAGAUUAACUCAGGCAAAUAAAAUGUAUUCACAAAAAUACAGUAUUACGACACGCUUAAUACCUUACCACAACACUCCUGAAGGAUGUCACUCUGGUCUGAAUGGGAGCUAGAACUUCAAAGACUAAUUACCGUUGUAAAAUGUAUGCAUUUUUUUAUAUCAAGAAAAAACAUUGCAGCAUCUUUGUAAAUAUUUUUUAUAAUAAAAGGUGCAAAUAUU